CCAUGUUGCUUUCUCUUGAUUUACAGUAAAAGCCGGACUGAUGCUCGGUUCUGUGUCUCUGGGCAGUGAAUCCUGCAUCGCAAAACAGGUGAACUCAGCUUUUAGAUUGACAUUAAAGGAGGCUCCCGAUGGCGUAAAGAUUUGGUGACUUCCUGGGCCUGUGAGAAUAACCUCCACCUAGCAACCACAUAGAAAUGUGCUUAAAAUCAAUAGAAAAGCAUAGAAACACCCCAAACCUCCGUAGCAUUGAGGCAGAAAACAAACAAUGCGUAGAUGGAAAUCCUUUAGACUACUAACUACUGGAACUCUGUCCCACCCUGAAAUGAACUCUCUGUACUGAGACCCCCCCAAUUCCAGUCCUGGAAACACAGUUCUUUGAAAACGCAUCAAAUGUUGCAAUUGUUGAGAAUUGUCAGGUUUAGGGAGGAGCUUGUAGUGAAUGUGUCAUACAUUUGAUGUGUUCAGUUGAUGUUCCAACAGCUGAUGGGUGCUUGACUUGGUGUGAACGCUGAUCUUCAGGUCUGAUAUUAUCAGUGAUGGAGGUUUAUCUGACUAUUGCUCUUGUCAUGAGCCGCGGGGUCGUACUCGCCCUCGAACACAACGGUCUUGUUGAUGUUCCCGUGCCCAGCGGUUUAACGCUCCAGUCAAAUCAACCUGCACAGACACUGUCUCUGACGUGGGAAAGUGACUCAUCGCAGUUUGACAUUGAGAUCUUCCACACCGAGCUCAUGAACGUGGUGAUAAAUGAGACGGUGGAGUCCGAAGCAGAUCCUACAACAGGACAACAUGUGUGGACGUGGCGUCCGGGGUUACCGUUAGAGUGCACCUCUCAUUCUGUGCACAUCAGAGCCAGACAUCAGCAGACUGUCAGUCAGUGGAGCCCCCUUCAGACCAUUCCAGGGUCUGACAUUCCUCAGCAGUCGUCCUCGAUGAUGUAUCCAGAGGAUAAGGUGGUCCAUGUGGGUAAUAACAUGACUUUCUGCUGUAUCGUCGGCGAGAAAGUGAACUUCAACAGAAUUUUUUACGACGGCAAAGAGAUGAAUGCCACGCGUGUGAGCAGAAGAACUUACGCCAUCACGGUGGUGAAGCAGCCCGUGUCUAGAGUCACAGGAACAAACGUGAUCUGCUGUUCAGAAACCGUGACGCUCACCGGAACUGUGGUGUUUGUCGGUUAUCCGCCAGCCGAUGAGGAUUUGGUUUGUGAAACUCGAGACCUGACAUCUGCAGUGUGUUCUUGGAAGAAAGGACGAGACACGGGAUUGAGAACAAAACGCCAACGCACAAAAUACACCCUUAAUGGAAGGGGUUGUUUGAAAGAGAAUAAAGGGGAGAUGUUGAGCUGUACCUGGACAUCGUGGGAGCAGAACUGGACUCUGGUGGCUCAGAAUCCUUUAGGAAGCUUCCAGCUGACCGACUCCGCCCCGCUCGCUGACCGCGUUCAUCUGUUGGCUCCGGUGGACGUGACAGCUGUGGAUGUGAAGGCCUGGAACGUCACGCUGAAGUGGCGUUGGUCUGUGGCCGCUUAUAAAAAACUGGACAUGAUCUGCCAGCUGAAACUCGACAGCCGUGAACGUACCGUCACUCGUAAUUUCAGUGGUACAGGUUUAUCAUCUGUGUUGUUGGAUGGUUUGUGGCCUGAUGUUGGUUAUUCGGUGUCUGUACGCUGUGGAUCUCUACACGGUUUUUGGAAGUGGGGAGAUGAGUGCGCCCCCUACAGGAUCCACACAAAGAUGGAGCGGCCUGAUCCUCCAGACGUGUGGGUCUGGAUGGACAGUGAAACCUCAGGAUGGGUUUUGUGGAAACCUCUGUCUGUCAGUGAAAGUCACGGCGCAUUAGAUGGGUUCGAGGUUUCUCAGAGCGCCGCAGACGGCAACAGGUGGACCACAGUGUUUCUCUCUCUCAAUCACAACUUCAGCUAUCCCAUUACACUCACAAACACCAGUGACAUCACUGUUACCGUGGCAGCGAGGAACCCGGCUGGUGUCUCGCAGCCGUCCGCUGUGACCGUCCCAGCAUACAGAGCAGAUUCUCAGCUGAAGGUCUCUGAGCUGACGGGCACAAACGGUGGAUUUGAUUUGUGGUGGCGGUGCGAUGUGAAUGGCAGUGGAGGUUUUGUGGUGGAGUGGAUUCCCACCGGCUGCGCCGGUCUCUGCGCUGUGAACUGGCUGAAGGUUCCAGGAUCAAACAGCAGCGUCAGGGUGCCGUCAGAGUCUCUGGAGGCGGGUGUGCGGUACACCGUGUCUGUGUACAGUCUGUCUGCUGGAGCUCCUGUGGUGCUGGAGAGAUGGAACGGAUACACACGAGAACUCCCUCCAUCAGAGUCAGUUGUGAAACUGUCGCCCGUUCAGAUCUCCUCUGAUGUUCUGUUGUCCUGGAAAGCCGUCCCAAUGAAACAGCAGAGAGGAUUCAUACGUGGAUACGGCGUCUACCUGGCCAACGCAGCACGCCUGCAGCUUCUUGCCAACGUCUCUGAUCCUGACGUGAGCUCAUACAGGGUCACAGGUUUAUCUCCGGGCUCUUAUAAGUUCGUGGUGAAGGCGUAUAACUCGGCUGGAGAAGAUGCUGGAUCGACUGUGGCUAUUAAACUGGAGAUCAACAUGGAUAUGAUGGUUGUUGGAAUACUGGUGUCAUUAGGAUCGAUGUUCUUCUGUCUGAUUCUCAUCAGCAUCUUCUGCUAUAAGAGGAGAGAGUGGGUUAAGAAAGCCUUCUAUCCUGAAAUUCCUGGACCCAAAGUGUCUGGAGACUGGUGUUCCCCGCAGGGUCCUCUGGACGUGAAAGCUUCUCCUCACAGUCUGGUUCAUAUCGUGGAGAGUCCGGAAUGGGACUUUAGGAAGAAGGGUCUCGUCCCUGUGCCCGAAGAAGAGGAAGAGAACGUGGACGUGGACACGGACUCGGAUGAACCGGCUCUUCUCAAAUACUAUAAUCAGGUGGUCAGCGAGGAUUCUCGCAGUAACCCUCUCUCUGAUUCAUCCGGCUCUUCCACCUUCUCUGUCGACUCCGGACAGACGGAAAUCACCUACACCGGCAUCCAGAGCCCCGCCGCUUCACGCGUAGGAGGUUACAGGCCUCAAAUGCAGCCCGUCUCCGGCCCGCACGAGUCUAACGGCGGGUUCGAGUCGGACUUUCAGGAAGAGAACUCAAGCUUGGGUUAUAAGCCGCAGUGUUCCUGGCAGCUCGACUCUCCCGAAGCCGAGAACUUCAGCGGUUCUCUCGGAAGCCCCACGUCAGUCACGUCCUCGCAGUUCCUUCUUCCGGAAUCUUCCGAAGAGAACCCGCCGGCUCACGCCUGGUUUCACAGCCUUCUCUCCAGAAAAUCCUGAGAGCGUCGCACCCUUUCUCUUUCAUUCCUGCUCGUUUGCCUUAUGAAGACACUUUUCUCUCUGUUGUUUGGUCUCUUACUGGAGUUGCUUUGGGACGUCACACUGUCACGGAGCCGUCAGAGAGGUCGUCUACUACUGAAGAGCAGAGAGUGCUCGUGUGUCAUGUCAUCAGACUAUCAUCAUGUAGCUUUAAUGGUCGGUCACGCUACACUUUUCAUUGUUCCAUUGAGUUCCAUUCAUACGCGUGUGAAUGCUGGAGAUUUAACUAAGAUUUGUUUAAACGGGUGCAUUAAUGGUAGAAUUACACUUGAUUGCGUGUUUGGUUUGCUUUUAGCCUCAUUUUCAGUUUAUAUUUCAAUGUUGGAUCAUUUGAGGAUUCUCUUAAUUUAAUCUUAAGAAAAAGCUGAUUGACCAAACUAUAAUUAAAUAUCAAUUUAAUUCAACGAUUUAAAAAAUAACAUAUCUGAUACUGUAGAAUAGAUGGUGUAUUUGAACAAAUAUUUGUCAAAUGAUUUUGUCCUCUAUUCACAGGGAUCACUUUAUAGAAGGUUUAUAUGUGAAGUGUAGCGUGACUGCUCCGUUAACUUCUUACUGCAGUGUCAAGAGCCGUUGAAGUUACGACACUCGAUCUCUCCGACCGUGUGGUCACGUGGUUCAUGGAGCGCUCAAUAGUUCCGAACAAAUCCGUCAACCUAUUUGAAUGGAUUUUAGCGCGACAGAAUGCAGCAUCUAUAUUUGCGUACAUUUGACUAAAUACAUUAGCACAUUGUGUACAUUGAAUACUACGUUAACUACAUUCAUAGCAGCAUUUUGUCUGGGGAGUAAUAUUAAUAUAAGAUGUGCCCGCCAACUGGUUAAAAUGUAUAAACAAGCCGCUAUUUCACCAACUGUACAGCAAAUGCAUUUGGGAGACAUUGAAAUGAAUGGGCUUCAGUGCAGUGUUUGGAACUAUUGGACACGAGUUACUUCCGCAUUGUUUUCUUCAACGGAUGUCUAUGCAAGUGUCGUAACUCUGUUUUUCAACGGCUCUGUGUAGUGUUAUUGUAGUGGUCCCUAAAAAACGAGCGUUUCUAUGCCAUUAUCUGUACCAAAAACGUCACUACUCAUGAGUUUAUUCUUCACUUUGCUGACAGUUUUGCAUCAUUCACAUGUAGGAGAUCCAAAAAAGCGCCGAUGGUAGUGGAAAUUUCUGUGGGUGAUUUACUAACGAGCCUCGCAGUGAUAAACGAUGUGUCAGUAAACAAGCUGUUAGUUAAUCUUGCCCUUUGUGUGUGAAAUACACUCAGUGUUAUUUUAAGAUGUUAUUCAGCCGUAGCGUGAUGCAGUAUAAAAUACUACCACAUCUAAACAAAUGUGUUCGAGGAUCAGCUGUGAGGAUGUUAGACUCUUUUUCAUCAUUUUUUGUUGGUUUUAUUGUGGUAAGGUCAGUAUAUAUACUGUUUGUGUGUCAGUUUUCAGUCUUUUCAUUUCACAUUCAAACGUGUUUCGUGUUCGUUCUCAGAUUUACCUCAAAUCUCAUAGGUGCAUAGCAACCCCUGGAUACCAUAGUAACAGUCACUGUGCACUACAUUUUAUGGUCUGUCAGUAUGUCUUUAUUUUUGUGUGUUGGUGUUUUAGAAUCGAAUGACCACAGUGUGCCUGAAGACUUUAGUUUCGUGUUUUUGAGGGUAACUCUGGCCCUACAUCUAACAUGAAUCUGCUUUUCCCGAAUCUGAGUGAAGCGCUACAUGUGUGAUAUCACUGUGAAAGCCUAUUUUUCUAACACUUGGUUCACACCAAACGUGAAUUAAGCUUUGUGCGCAAGUAAAUUUCAUACAAAGUCGCGUAUAGACGCGAACUCGCGGCAGGCGGUGUGAAUGACGCGCAUCGGGUGGCGCUAUUGCCGCGAACGUGCAUCAAUCUCGUC